AUGUGUCAAAACAUCCUCGAAAUUAGACGAAAAUUAAACAGCCUGUUGGAAACCACCUGUCAGGGGAGCUGCAGGGAACCCUUGCCCAGAGAACGCGAGAUAUGGUGCAGAGAAGCCCGACUCGAUGCAAUGCGGACUUGGGAGCUCCGGCUAGCGAAUCCGACAGCUGGGCGGGCCACGGUGGAGGCAAUCCGCCCAAAUUUGCAACCGUGGGUGGAGAGGCGGUACGGCGUUUUAACAUACCGCCUCACGCAGGUGCUGACUGGGCACGGGGCCUUUGGCCAUUACUUGCACCGAGUUGCACGUAGGGAGGUGACGACUGCGUGCCAUCAGUGCGGUGAUCAAGAUGACACCGCACUGCAUACACUAGCCGUAUGUCCCGCCUUUGCGGAGCCUCGCGCCGAGCUCACCUUGGCGCUGGGAGGCGUCGAUGUCGCCUCGCUGUCAGCUGUAGUCGCUGCUACCCUCAGCAGACGCACAGCGUGGGACGCGUUGUCCUUCUUCUGCGAGACCGUUAUGUCCCAGAAGGAGGUAGCGGAGUGCGCGCGGGAAAACGACCCGAACGCGCCUCAAAUACGAAGACGUCGGAUGGGUCGGCGCAGAGCAGCGCAUGAGCGCGCUCUCCCGCCCUAA